AUGGCGAAAUCGAAGACCCUUGAACAAAAAAUUGGAGAAAAUAGUUUUGCCUCACGUGGAUUCCUCAAAGGAAAUGUUUUGAAGAAGAUACAAGAAGUUGAUGAACUUUAUCAACGGGACUUGUAUGGAAAAAAUUUGGGCCUUCUUGAUGAUGAUGACAUUCAAAAGAUUGGAGUUUUGGGGACGGAAGGAAUAGGGAAAACAACCAUCGUGAAGCUCGUACACAACCAGCUACUGAAAGAGACUGAAAGGUUUGACAUUGUGAUAUGGAUCACUGUAUCAAAGGAGAUGAAUAUCAUUAAACUGCAAAAUAGGAUUGCACGUGCAAUGAAAGUAUCCCUUGAUGAAGAUGAAGAUGAAACAAUACGACCAGGGAUGAUAUACGAAAUGUUGGUUCGUAAAGGCAAUUGCACAGAAUGUGAUGGUUUGCCCUUGGCUAUUGUUACAAUAGCAGCAGUAUGGAUGGUGUACGUGAUGGUUCAUGCGUUGGAGGGAUGCACUUCAUGA